ACACUUGCCGCAAAUGAGCACAUAUGAAAAACCUAUGCAUUUAGCAUUAACAGAGGCAAGAAAUAAUAUCAUAAACAGAAAAUUAAUACAACGUAAAUAGAUAAUAAAUGAUACAAUGACACAAUAAAAACGUUUUAAUAAAAGAGGAAACGCCGGGUUCGUGACGUCACGGGAACAUGGCGGCGCAGGGAGGAUAUUUCACAAUCGUUAAAAUCUACUCUGGCUCGUCAUCCUGACUUUGAAAACACUUGUGAACAGCGCAUGUGUCAUUUUCUCCCCCCUAUUGGAAGAAGAAACUAGCGUUUUGUUGUGUUUACAUUGAUCUCACACUCUAAAUAGCCUAACUAAGCCCUUUAAAUGGCCAAGAUUUGCUGUGGGCCCCUGCACACAUUUGCACUACUGACUUCUGUACUUCUUAUUCUGGUGCACAAGGACAAGAAGGCUUCAUUUGCCUUUUCUCCAUCGGCAGAAUGGCGGCACGGUUCGAACAUCUCCUACAGGAGCGCGCUCCGUACGAGAGAACAUAAGCAGACUCCCUCUAGUUCACUCAGAGAUCGGUGUGGAGUAGCUGUGGAGAGCCGUAUCGACUGUGCCCGGGAUAGAGCUCUGAGCCGGGCUGAUUGUUUGGGCAGAGGGUGCUGCUAUGUGCCCCUGCCUCAGUCUGGAUUAGGAGGACCACCAUGGUGUUUCUACCCAGUCCCUUACCCGGGCUACAAGAUGGGGCCCCUGUUUCCCUCAGAGAAGGGCCAAAGAGCCACCCUGGCCCGUUCUGCACCCUCAUACGUGCCCAGAGAUAUCCCCACACUGCAGCUAGAUGUGAUGCCUGAGACUUUGGGUCGUCUUCACCUCACUCUGAAGGAUCCAGCAUCUCCACGAUAUGAGGUUCCCUUUGUGACGUCCCAGUCCAGGGGCCACAAGGACGUGCAAAACCCCCUCUACGAUGUUGACUUCCAACUAGAUCCGUUCGGAUUCAUUGUACGGCGAAAAUCCAAUGGCCGGGUUCUCCUGAAUACUACAAUAGGCCCGCUCCUGUUUGCAGAUCAGUAUCUGCAGCUCUCCACCAGCAUGGCUUCCUCCCUGAUAUCUGGCCUGGGUGAACAUUACACCCCAAUCACGCUGGAUCUCAACUGGAGCUCUGUUUCAUUAUGGAACAGAGACAUGGCGCCACAUAGAAACGCCAACUUGUACGGCUCCCACCCUUUCUUUUUGGUCCAAGAAGGUGAUGGACAGGCACAUGGAGUCUUUCUGCUCAACAGCAAUGCAAUGGAAGUGUUUCUGCAGCCUGCUCCAGCAUUAACUUGGGUGACCGUCGGAGGAAUACUGGACUUCUACAUCUUCUUAGGCCCAAGUCCUCAGAGUGUGGUUCAGCAGUACCAUGAGGUUAUAGGUUAUCCGAUGAUGCCACCCUACUGGUCACUGGGCUUCCACCUCUGCCGCUGGGGUUAUACGUCCACCAACAUAACAAGAACAGUGGUACAGCGCAUGCGCCAGGCCAAGAUCCCUCUAGACGUACAGUGGAAUGACCUUGACUAUGCAGACCAAAGAAGAGUCUUUACGUUUGAUCCCCAAAGAUUCGGAGAUUUGCCCCGAAUGGUUGAAGAGCUCCAUCAGCUGGGCAUGAAGUAUGUGCUCAUUCUGGAUCCUGGCAUCAGCAGUACGAGUCCUCCUGGUUCAUAUAAACCUUUUGAUGACGGGCUAAAGAGAGGAGUGUUCAUCAAAAACUCCACUGGACAGAUCCUUAUUGGGAAAGUAUGGCCGGGUCCAACUGCUUUUCCAGAUUUCACCAAUCCCACAACACGGGACUGGUGGAUGGACUGCAUCAGAGUCUUUCACAGCCAGGUACCUGUGGAUGGACUCUGGAUAGACAUGAAUGAGCCGUCAAAUUUUGUGCAGGGCUCUGCGGAUGGGUGUCCUGACUCCGACUUGGAGAAUCCACCUUAUACGCCAGAUGUGAUCGGAGGUCAGUUAAGCUCAGGAACUCUGUGUGCGUCCUCGCAGCAGCAUCUGUCCAGUCACUACGACCUGCACAAUCUGUAUGGGCUGACCGAGGCCAUCGCCACGCACAGGGCACUGUUGAAAGUGAAGAGCACUCGGCCGUUUGUCCUGUCCCGGUCGUCUUUUCCAGGACUGGGCCGUUUCUCUGCGCACUGGACUGGAGACGUGCGGAGUGACUGGGAGCAGCUUCGCUUUUCAGUACCUGGUGUGCUCCUGUUUGGACUCUAUGGAGUCCCGCUGGUGGGUGCUGAUGUCUGUGGGUUUGGUGGAGACACUACUGAAGAGCUGUGUGUGCGCUGGACACAACUUGGAGCCUUUUACCCCUUUAUGAGAAACCAUAAUGACAGACCCAAUGCGCCCCAGGAGCCGUAUGUGUUCAGCCAGCAAGCCCAGGAUGCCAUGAGGACUGCGAUCAGACUGCGAUACUCUCUGCUGCCCUUCCUCUACACACUGUUUCAUCACACACACUCCUCCGGCAGCACCGUGGCCCGUCCUCUCUUCCUUGAGUUUCCCACUGAUCCAGAUUGCCAGAGCAUCGACGGGCAGUUCCUGUGGGGCAGUUCUCUGCUCAUCAGCCCCGUCCUGGAGGAGCGAGCGCUGGAGGUGACGGCCUAUCUUCCCCCGGGGACCUGGUACAGCCUGCACGAUGGGGAAGCUUAUCACAGCAAAGGGCAAUACGUUCUGCUCCCUGCUCCUUUAGACACCAUUAAUGUUCACGUGAGAGAAGGGAGCAUCAUCCCGCAGCAGGUUCCCGCACUGACGACCGCGACAUCCCGCGGGAACCCUUUCACCCUAGUCGUGGCGCUGUCCGUGGGAAACCGGGCGAAAGGGGAGCUCUUCUGGGAUGACGGGGAAAGUCUGGACACGUUUGAGCAUGGAAAUUAUUCAUACGUUCUGUUCUUUGCUGAAGAGUCUUACGUGAUCAGUAAGCCAGUAAAACUAAACGGAUCUCUGGAUGGUCUGGUCCUGGGGGAGGUAUGUGUUUUUGGGGUUCAGACUGCACCUACAGCCGUGUGGGCCAAUGGCCAAAAGCUUCAUGGCUUCUCCUACGACCCAGACAGCAAGGUUCUUGCAGCGCCAGGUCUGGACUUACCCAUGACCGCCACCAUCACGGUCCAGUGGAGCUGAUGGGAAAUCUCUGCCGUGUUCGUUGUUUUUUACAGUUAUCUUUAACAGCAUGUUUCUGCUGUACCGUUUCUUUUAAAUAUCGUUUUUGCUAUAAAAUAAACCUUUUAUUUUAUUGAAUGUUCCUAAUGUUUCACUGAAUAAUCAGUGUUUCACAUAACCCAUACAUUUGUCUUUAAAUGUUUAUAUAAUUUUUUUAAUAUCAUUUACAUUUAGCAGACUUACCAAUUGAAGCAAGCAAAACAGAUCAAUAAUAUGCAAGUCCUAUGACAAGUCUCGUUUUUUACAUUGUGUAUUUAAAACAAAAAGAAUAUAUGCUUAUAAUAUUAUACAAAUAAAUAUAUAGCUGCAUACGCAUAGUAGGGGUAUUGCACUUUUAUCGAUUAAGCUCCGAUUUAAAUAGAGUUUAAUAUAAUAAUGCUGCUCCAGAUGCAUUUCCUAUUAUUAUAAACGUCGUACUGCUUAAUAUUUUGGUGGAAACUGUGAUCAUUUUUAUUUUAGGAUUAUUAAAUAUUAAAUAAAACAAUAAAACAAUGCAAUAAAAAUAAUAA